AUGAGCAGUAGCUGUAGAGCCGGAAAGAUGGCGGAGGAAGGAGAAAGAAAAAAGAUCCCUUUGGUUCCAGAAAAUCUCCUGAAAAAGAGGAAGGCUUAUCAGGCCCUCAAAGCCACCCAGGCAAAGCAGGCACUUUUGGCAAGGAGGGAGGGAAAAUCGAAACAGUUCAGGUUUAAGCGAUUGGAGUCAUUCCUGCAUGAUUCCUGGCGGCAGAAGCGGGACAUGGUGCGAGUCCGGCGACUAGAGGUGAAGCCUCGUGCACUGGAAGCACCCGAUAAACACUCCCUGGCCUUCGUCAUGCGCAUUGAAAGGAUAGAAGGAGUGAGUUCUCUGGUACAGAACACCAUAGCAAAACUUCGCCUGAAGAAAUUGUUCAGUGGUGUCUUCAUCAAUGUCACCCCUCAGACUGUAAGAAUGCUGCGUACAGUGGAGCCUUAUGUGACCUGGGGAUUUCCAAAUCUGAAAUCUGUCCGGGAACUCAUCUUGAAACGUGGACAAGCGAAGAUUAAUAAUAAGACUGUCCCUCUGACCGACAACACCGUGAUUGAGGAGCACCUGGGGAGAUUUGGUGUCAUUUGCCUGGAAGACCUCAUCCAUGAAAUUGCCUUCCCGGGGAAGCAUUUCCGGGCGAUCUCUUCAUUCUUGUGCCCAUUCCACCUCUCUGUGGCCCGUCACGCUACCAAGAACAGAGUGGGGUUCCUCAAGGAGAUGGGCUCUCCUGGCUAUCGGGGUGAACGCAUCAAUCAGCUCAUCCGCCAGCUGAACUAAACUGGGACCAGGAUUUCCAGAAGACAAUGCAUUGAAGUGUGCAUUUGUUAAUAAAAUUAUCAAUGUCUUCAAAGAAGACUAUUUUCUGCCUUCAAAACCUGGAAGUGGUCUGCAAAAAGACAGCAGGGUGUGAGCAUUGGAAACCUCAGCACAGCCCCCUUUCAUGGAAAAGGAUGUUCUCCACAGUGGCUGCCCCUGUCUCUGGAUCAACGUAGGCCUUGGAGGAGUUACCCUACUUUGUCCAGCCUGAUAUCUUGGUGUUUAAUAUCUGGGUGGGCAAAUAAUCCAAACACCCCUCCCGCCCCUUCCAGUUCUCGGAAUGCCAUGGUCCAGACCGAGGGGCAUACUUGAGUCUGGAAGAAGAAAGUCUUAGCCGGGCGAUGGUGGCACACGCCUUUAAUCCCAGCAGAGGUAGGCGGAUCUCUGUGAGUUCGAGACCAGCCUGGUCUAGAGCUAGUUCCAGGACAGGCUCCAAAGCCACAGAGAAACCCUGUCUCGAAAAACCAAAAAAAA